AUGAGCCGGAGGGGCGCAGCCGGCAGUCCAGGAGCAAUGGAAGGGGAGGGGAGUGGGCGGAGGUGCAGCAGGAAACGCUCAGGGCCCGGCCGGGCCGGUCGGGCUGGGGGCGCGGUGGAGGGGAAGGACGGGGUGGCGCCCGACUGGGGUGCCGGGCUUGCUCACUUCGCCGUGGCGGAGCGCCCCGCGGGGAGUUGCGGGGAGGGGAGCAGAAUCCGCGAGCCUUGGGAUUCCGGGACCGCCCUCUCCGGGUCCAGGGUCGGCGACGAGCGGCAACGACGGCUAGAACCGCAGUGGCAGUAUGAGAGCAGCCGCCGCUGCUCCACGCUUGCGGACGUGCGGCCAGCGGCGGCUGCUCUGUUUGCGCGCGCCAUGGGGGCGCCGCGGGGCCCGGUGGCCUUCCGGCGGCGCAGCGCGCGGGGUCUGCCACGGACCGCUUCUGCGCUGGCGGCCGCUGGCCUGGUGUGCACAGCCCUGGCAACCUACGCCUGCUGGGGGCAGCUCCCGCCGCUGCCCUGGACCUCCGACGCCCCGCCGCGGCCAGUGGGCGUGCUGCUGUGGUGGGAGCCCUUCGCGGGGCGCGAUAGCUCCAAAAGGCCGCCCCCCAACUGCUGGCUGCGCUUCAACAUCAGCGGCUGCCGCCUACUCACCGACCGUACCGCCUACGAGGAAGCUCAUGCUGUGCUUUUCCACCACCGAGACCUCGUGAAGGGACCCCUGGACUGGCCCCCGCCGUGGGGCGUCCGGGUGCGCUCGGCAGAGGAGCUGGAGCUGCGGGUGUUGGACGAGGAGGCCGCCGAAGCCCUGGCUGCCUCGGGCCCCAGGCCCCCGGGCCAGCGCUGGGUGUGGAUGAACUUUGAGUCGCCCUCCCACUCCCCGGGUCUGCGAAGCCUGGCAAGUAAUCUCUUCAACUGGACGCUCUCCUACCGGGCUGACUCAGACGUCUUUGUGCCUUAUGGCUACCUCUAUCCCAGGACCCAUCCCAGCGACCAGCCACAAGGCCUGGUCCCUCCGCUGGCUCGGAAACGGGGCCUGGUGGCCUGGGUGGUGAGCAACUGGGAUGAGCGCCAGGCCCGGGUCCGCUACUACCACCAGCUGAGGCAGCACGUGUCCGUGGACGUGUUCGGCAAGGGCGGGAGCCGCCGGCCGGUGCCUGACAUUGGGCUUUUGCACACGGUGGCCCGCUACAAGUUUUACCUGGCCUUUGAGAACUCGCAGCAUCUGGAUUAUAUCACCGAGAAGCUCUGGCGCAACGCGUUGCUGGCAGGGACUGUACCGGUAGUGCUGGGCCCCAACCGUGCCAAUUAUGAGCGCUUUGUGCCCCGAGGUGCCUUCAUCCAUGUGGACGACUUCCCUAAUGCCUCCUCCCUGGCCGCCUACCUGCUCUUCCUCGACCGAAAUCCAGCUGUCUACCGCCGUUACUUCAAUUGGCGCCGGAGCUACGCUGUGCACAUCACCUCCUUCUGGGACGAGCCUUGGUGCCGGGCCUGCCAGGCUGUGCAGAGGGCUGGGGACCGGCCCCAGAGCAUACGCAGCUUGGCUCGCUGGUUUGAGCGGUGAAGUCAUCCUCCCCUGGGUGUAACCCAGGGGGGUCAAGUCAUCAGCUUUUUGAUCCUCUGCUGUGCAUCUCUUUGAAUGCUGAAUCAUGGGACUAAGGUUUGACCGA